AUGGCGAGCACUGGUAAUCAGAUUUCGAGACCAUACAAGGUGCUUACCGCGUUGCUAAAGCUGAAGCACUUGGGCUUGAUUCAUGCCGAUUUAAAGCCCGAAAAUAUAAUGUUAGUUGAUCCAACAAGCCAGCCAUUUCGUGUCAAGGUUAUUGAUUUCGGUUCCGCUUCACACAGAAGCAAAGCAGUCACGAAUACCUACCUCCAGUCCCCUCACUUGUCCAUAUCGCUGGCUUUCUCAAAUAAUCGUUUCACGUUUUGCAGAGCACCAGAGAUCAUUCUUGGCUUACCAUUCCGUGAAGCAAUUGAUAUGUGGUCGUUAGGCUGCGUUAUAGCAGAGCUGUACCUUGGCUGGCCUCUGUAUCCUGGCAGCAGCGAAUUUGAUCAAAUCCGGUAUAUUAGUUGUACCUUGGCUGGCCUUUGUAUCCUGGCAGCAGCGAAUUUGAUCAAAUCCGGUAUAUUGUGCAAACUCAGGGACCUCCACCGUUGCAAAUGCUUUCUACGGCUGCAAAAACGCAUCGUGAAUAUUCCGACGGAUCUGGAUGACGUCGACAAAGAAUGCGAGCAGUUGGAUCGUGCUGAUUUUGUGGAUAUUUUGAAGAAAAUGCUUAGUAUCGAUCAGGACAAGCGUAUCACACCAGCAGAAGGACUUCAGCAUCCGUUUGUCACAAUGGGACAUAAUGCCGGGACGACAGCUGUACCUCAAGUACCACAGCUGCAGCAGGCGGCAGAUCUGACACAGCUACUGAGCCAGUAUGGUGCAGCCACAGCAGCAGCAGCGGCUGUUGCCGGUACGCAAAGUGGCAAUCUACCUUUUGUCUAUCAACCUUUAACCGUCUGUCCGUAUGCGGCGGCAGCAGCAGCGGCAGCAGCAGCAGCAGCCGGGACCCUGGUGCCACAGCUCGUAUCAAUUCCGUUCAUGGAUGGCCCGAUGCUUGCAGCGCAGACAAUUCCGCCGGCACCGACUACGUGGACUUCAGCGACCACUUCACUGAUGCCGUGGUCACUACCAAACGCAACAGCAGCACUGUUUGCAAAUGAUUUUAUCCUACCAACACAGCUGCAAGCGACGCGCAGUGUUGCUGCACUGGCGGCUGCAAUGGCGGCCAGUAACGGCUCGUUUUCCCAACUUUUGACGCCACAAAUCAAGAAUUAUCCUGAUUUGUCUAGUGUCGACCCAAGCGCGCUUCUUUGGAAUGAACUUGUGCAGCAUCAGCAAAUGCGUGGACGGCCGGCACCUGCUGCGCCGACAAAUUCCAGUGCAAGCUUGACGGCCAAUGCGGGCUUGAGUAAUCUGUGCAUGAGAUCAGGUGCCAGUGGUCUUGCAAAAGAUCCAGCAAUCAUAGCAGCGGGACCGCGGAUGAGCAGUGCUGCAUCCGGCCUGGAAACCCCGAAAUAUCAGCUUGAAGGAGCGAGGUUGAGCAAUGAGAACGCUAGCUUGGCAAGUUCAGUAAGUUCGUCAAUGCUGAGUGGCGGCACUUCAUCAGUGCUCAUCCCGCAACCGGCCUCUGGUGUCGUACGUAAGCCAAGUGCUCGCUGUGCGGUUGUACGUCCGAUGAUUGACUUGAAGCGCGAGGUGGAUGAUGCAAACAAAGCCAACAUCCGCAAUCUGUUUCACAAUAUGGAUUUUGCUACUGCACUUAAUACUACAUUUCCGCCGUAUUUUGGUCACUAA